GUAUGAGAAAUGUUGGUGUGGUGGAUUCUGAGUACAUAGUUCAUCUUGGUCUUCCCACUCUUGGGGGAUCUUCAUCAAAUGGCAAUGAGACUUCAUCAAAUUCCCAUAGAGAUAGUGAUAGAGCUAAAGUGAGGAUGCAGUCAUACAUUGAAAUGCAGGUUUUUGGUAAAAGAUGGAAAGAUGCAGCAAAGAAGGACCAAUGUUGGAUUGAUCCAUAUGAACAACAGGAAAACCAGACUAGUCGUUAAUUAGUGACCCAAGUCUCUCCUAACACCAUAUAAGAUUUUGAUGAAUAAAAGGCGUGAUCUGAUUUAGUCAGAUACUUUGAUUUGAUGUCUCAAUGAUUUUACUGGAACAUUUACCUUCCUUUUAUGAUCAAGUCAUUCAUUCCCUUAUAUAUUAUUGGUGUACAUAAGGGUGGUAUACUAUAGAGGUGUUAAUAGGGGACUCAGAAAAGUGUUAGUUAGAUCUUAGUUUAGUUUUCUUUUGAAGGUCAAUGUAAAUAGGUUGGUUGGUUACAUGGCCGAACAAAUGUUAUUAUUUGGCCGAACAAAUGAUUUUAGGAAAAUAUACCCUUAAAAACAACAAAGUAGUUUUCUGUUAGACUA